GGCAGUGGGGGAGGAAAGGAAAAAAAGAAAAAAAAAAGAGACGGUGUCGUCGCGCGAGCGCUUUUCACUGAAGCGGGAAAAAAAGCAGAAAAAUGGCGAAGGACUGAGAUGUGAUCGCCUCAGCGCCGCACACCUGCACUCCGCUCUCCGCCCGCCGGUUCGGAGUGCUUACAGCUUCAGGAUCACAACAUCACUGCACAAAAACACUGUUCUCACUGUGCUUUCAAACUGUUUAGCACACACACACACACACACACACACACCGCCUGCCACUCACUCACAACUUUCAGGUUUUGUCAUCAGUUAUGUUUAACAUUUUUAACCGGGUCUGUUAGUUAAAAACAAUCACAUUAAUGUUCUUAUAAACACAACAGUUUUCAAUUGAUGUUCAAAACUCAUUUAUAACUUUUUAUUUUUUUCUUUCUAAGUAUGGGGUGGUUUACUGAAAACAUUAUACAGAGCUGCAACAUGCAAAUGAUCUAUCUGUUCAGUCGCUCCGGAUGUUUCACAAUACGAUCACUGCAGCAUAAAGGACAGACAUAAGGACCUCUGUUUCAGUCCCCCCUCCCCCCCAUCUGGCGCUCCACAUCUGUCCAGACGCUCUUUGAACCGCUGGGAUCCGAGUGGAAUUGAAAGGCUGACUGGAGCGAAAAAUCUGCCUCCCAGGUUACCGGGGCCACCUGAACAGCAGCAGUAUGAUGGCGGACCACGACAAGCAGAAGUCUCCGGGGUCCGAAGAUGCUUGGGACAGACCAUUCAAGUGUGACCAGUGUGACAGGACCUACAGGCACCACGGCAGCUUGGUAAACCACAAGAAGUCCCACCAGGAAGGCACUUACAAGUGUACAGUCUGUUACAAGCAGUUCAGCAACCUGGCAGCGCUUGGGGCCCAUGAGCGCACCCAUUCCAAGUUCAAGCCUCCUGGGAUGUCCAUGGGGAGCCUUGUGCCAGAGGCAUCGUCUGAACAUCGCCCCCCUGCCUCCCAAAACAACGACAUGGCAGCUUGCUUUUGCCACCUGUGCCAGGUUUCUUUACCCAGUAAGAGUGACUUUCAGGAGCAUAUUCUGUUGCAUAAUGCAGCAUCAUCGUCUUUGGGGCUGACACGUAGCUUCCCAGGUAUAGUGCCACACAACCUCAGCACUGUCCGUUCCCCUGCAGUCAAUCCAUACACCCCGGCUCUUGGCGACCCUCUUCCCCUUCCCCCUUUACCCGACAAACGUUAUGAUCAAAUGCUAGGUCCUCCAGUCAACAAUCCCAUUUACACAUGUGCAUACUGUGGGUCCGGACAUUCCGAUGUGGAAAGUCUCAAACUGCAUUACUUGACCCAUGAAUCUCACCCUCCACCACAUGCCCAAGUGGGAGCCUCUAUCCUUAUUUCAGAUGGCCUGGGGUCCAACUCCCAGGCAUCAGUGUCCUCGCCCAGCGGGCAAUCCAGAUCCCAGCAGCAGUCCUCGUCCAUUGACGAUGCAGACCGCAGGUUCAAGUGUCAAGAGUGUGGAAAAUGUUAUCGGCAUGCGGGGAGUCUUGUUAAUCACAAGCGCUGUCAUCAAACAGGCCAGUACCAAUGCACCAUAUGCUGUAAGGAGUAUCCCCAUCUUGCAGCGCUGCACAGCCACCUCCGCAGUCACAAAUCCCGCCCGAACUCGCAGGGUAUGAACUCAGAAGGUGACUGGCUCUCUUCCGAGCCCAUGACAGGCCUGGACUCCCAGCAAGGCUUUGUGCAUUCUCAGGACCAGGAGAAUGGCACAACAACUCCGAUCUCACUUUCUGGUAAUCUCAGUGAUGCUGCCCAUUUUGUUCAAGACAAUGGCCAUAGCAGCGGCCUUGAUUCACUGGAGUUUCAUGACCGAUUUGAUGGUUCACUGUCUCAGAGCAACUCUGGCCAUCCACAAAACAGUCGCCAAUCAGACCGGAACAUGUGUGCUGAACAAGGCAGUAUGUCCAAUGGCUACAUGGGAAACAUGGGCUUCCACAGUUCAAGUAGUACUACUUUGCCAGCAAGCAGCUCCAGCCUCAAACAUGGCAAUCGCCAGCGACGUGGACAAGACCAGUAUGGAGGAAGUCAGGGAGGCCAGUCUAAGAGAAUGGAAGACAAAGAUGAUGGGGAAGUCUACCAGUGUACAGUCUGUGGAAAUCAUUAUGCAAGUCUUCGAGCCCUUCGAAGCCACUUACGAAGCCAUGGCGUGAACCAAGGUGCCGGACCUUCCUCCUCCCUUUCACCUGUGGGUGAACAAGAGUGGAGAAGGCGGCAAGAGGGUAGUCAAGCCAGUCUGCUGGUUUGUAGUAUAUGUGGCCAGACUUUCAGUAAAAAACACGACCUUCUUAAUCACCAGUUGGUCCACGGACCUCCUCAACCGGGUGGCUCUGGACAGGGCUUGGGGGGCGGCAGCUCUAGUGCUAAUGGCAAAAUGGAUGGAAGGAACCACAUUUGCGUUGACUGUGGCAUGUUCUUUGCAGAUCGCCAUCACCUGAUCACUCACCUGUGCCCAGGCAAGGGGAGAGGCGGAGUGCUGAGCAAAGACUUGAACGGAGCUAAAGGGAUGAGUGGUGGUGCUGGGACCAGCAGCGCUGUGGGCCACCGGCAAAUGUCUGGCUCGGAAGAUCGGCCACAUAGGUGCGACCAGUGCGGGAGAGGUUACAGGCAUCCAUGCUCACUUCUGAACCACAAGAAAUCGCACAAGACUGGGGUCUUCCGGUGCCUUGUCUGCCAAAAACGCUACUACAACCUGCUGGCCCUCAAGAACCACCAGAGGACUCAUUUUGACUUAAAGAGGCACAAGUGUGAGGAGUGUGGAAAAGCCUUCAAAAUCCAAAAGCAAUUGAUCAACCAUCUUCGUCUCCACGAGGAGCACCGAGCCAAAACAGGAGGUCGAGAUCAGCGCGUCCAAAAUAUGAAUCAACACAACGGAUCACGUUAUGAGGGUGGACCUUCUCAGAUGCAGCAGAUGAGAAUGGGGGACCCCAAAAUGCAGAACCAGUCUCAGAUGAUGCCUAAUUAUGGCCAGCCACAAGGAUUUAAGAAGCCGUACGCUGGGGCAAGGGCCCAGCAAGUGGACGAUGGAAGUGGGCGGCGCCCUUUUGCCUGUGAUCAAUGUGGCCGCACCUACCGCCACGCUGGCAGUCUUGCCAAUCACAAGAACCUGCAUAAGAUCGGCGAGUACCAUUGCAACGUUUGCAACUCUACCUACCCCAACCGUCUGGCUAUGAAGAACCACUUGCGUAUGCAUUUUGCUCUCAAGAAGUAUUCUUGCCAAGACUGUGGACGUGGUUUCAGGAACCAGAGGCAGCUUGAAACCCACACUACCAACCAACUUUGCAAAGACCUUCCUGGUCCGAGUGUGCCCCCUCAAAUGGCACCACCUCCUCCAAGCUACGAGUGCAACGGAUGCUCUGAAUGUUUUCGAUCCCCCACUGACCUUGCUUCGCAUAACUGCAGUGCCCAGCUUCCUUCCUCUUCAGCCUCCCUCAACAGCUCCGGUCUAACCAUGGAUCCCGGGGACUUAGGAUCUCCAGAACGUGAGGAGCGACCUUUCUCCUGUGACCUCUGUGGCUGCUCAUACAAACAUGCAAGCAGCCUUCUGAACCACAAGAACACACACAAGACAGGCAACUUCAGCUGCUCCUACUGUGACAAGCCUUACACCAACUACAUGGCGUUGCGCAAUCACAUGCGCAUCCACACACAGAAGAAGAGGCACAUCUGCUCCACCUGCGGGAAAGCUUUCCGACUGGCCCGAUUUCUCCGCAACCAUCAGAGGGUCCACGAGGAAGGACAUGCUCGAUUCGGAUGCCCCACCUGCGGGAAGAGCUUCCAGGGGCGUUCUGGGCUCGCCAGGCAUCGCUGCGGGGACAACCAGGUAGGCAACGAGUACAGGAGGAAGGACACUUCAAGCACUUCGAGAGAAGGGGCAGAAGAGUGCCGGUUCACAUGUGAGCAGUGCGGCCGCUCAUACCGCCACGCCAGCUCUCUGCUGAACCACAAAAACACACACACCGUUGGCAUCUAUCAUUGCGCCGUGUGCCUCAAGACCUACCCUAACCUGCUCGCUCUGAAAAAUCACCGUCGGAUCCACUCGGAGCUACGGCGGCACCGCUGCCCAGAAUGUGGCAAGGCGUUCCGUGUCUUCUCUCAGCUUCAGAACCAUCGUCGGCUCCACCAGAAAGAGCGGGAAUUCACGUGCACGCAGUGCCACCGCACGUUCCCGAGUCAGACCAGCUUUCGAAUGCACCUGCAGAUGCAUCAUGGACGAGCCCAGAAAUCCUCAAACUACUCCCACCAUCAGAAUCCAGAAGGUUCCUCUGGUGGCAGUUCUGACCUUGGAUGGAGUUCUGGGCUCGACCUGACCCUGAUGCAGGCCUGCCACCAGAAUCCACCGCAGCGCAGCCGCAACGACUCAAGCCGCAAGGCACACGUUUGUGAUCAAUGUGGGCGCGGGUACCGCCACGCCAGCUCCCUGCUCAACCACAAAAACAGCCACAAGUCUGGCACCUACUACUGCAGCCCCUGUCAGAAAGAAUUCUCCAACCUGAUGGCAUACAAAAACCACCGCCGCAUACACACCGAGCCGAAGCGGUACCAGUGCUCUGACUGCGGGAAAGCUUUCCGCGUUUCUACUCAACUCGUGUGCCACCGUCGCAUACACACCAAGGAAAAACCCUUUUCAUGCCAGCAGUGCGACAAACGGUUCUCCAGCAAGUCAAACCUGCGACAUCACCAAAAAGUCCACUGGUCCCAUAACAGCAGUGCCCCCAUGGGCACGUCGAAUUUUCUGACCAUGCCAACCGGACCUUUUAUAUAAAUAAAACGCACCUAGGGAGCAGGAACUUCUUAGUGGAGAAUAGUGACGAGGUUUCUGGAGGUGCCGAAAAAGUCAUUUCUAGAUGCGUAGCUCUGUGUGUGUGUGUGUGUGUGUGUGUGUGUGUGUGUGUGUGUGUGUGUGUGUGUGUAUAUAUGUUGGAGUGGGAGGGGGGUAAUUUUUCGAAUGAGCAGGUUGUUUAGGUUGUAGAGGACUAACCCAUCCAUUUCCAUGCAGACGUCACUGAGCUAGGUUUUAGAUCACCUCUUUCCAUGUACAACUCACCUGAUGUACAUUCAGUAAUCUGACGCGAUCGCUCCAGAUCUUUACCCCAGGACUAGGCGGGUGCUGAUCACCAGUCAUAAUCACCAGUUUUACACGUGCUUUUAUUUGAAUGAAGUGAAACAAAUGGAAAAUACACAAUAUCCACCUUACACCAAAUAUGUUUGGGCACCGCUUUAAAGUUUGGUCUAAGGGACAUACUGUGUACGUUCAAUGUUUAAUUUCAUUUUUUAUAAAAAAAAAAAAAAGAUUUUUUUGUUGUUGAAUUAGAGAAGCAUUUUUACAGUUUAAUUGAGUGCAGGAAAAGGGAUACUUUUUUUUUGUUUGUUUUUUUACAAAAAAUGAAAUAUUUGAUUUGAGCCUACAGAUAAUAGGCCAUCAGCACACGCUUAACCAAGAGUGUAAAGAGUUUUUCUGUGAAGCUUUUCUAGUUAAAAACAACACGAGAACAGAGAUUUCAGGUUAUAGUUUAGAUCUGUUAUUGAUAUCACACCAAUUUAAAUAUUCAUAAAGUUAUGACAUUUUCCCUCAUUUAAAAUCGCAGCUUCAUCCUUUGACAGCUCACCACCGAUUCUGUAUUCCAUCAGAAAACAUUCACUCUCACAAUCCACUUCCUGGUGAAACAAACGCGUGUAAUAUACACAUUGUAAGAUUGAUGUACGUGUAGGUUUUAGAUCUGACCGCAUUAUAGGUCUCAUUUGAAAACUGACUGCAGUCACCAUGUUGUGUAGAACUCUUAAGGGUGUUUGUUUUCAGUUCUCCCUUCUGAUGUUCUCAUUCUUUUUCUAACUUGUGUGUGACGAAGAGCUUCAAAACCUUAUUAUUAUUAUUAAUUACUAUUAAAUAUUAUCAUCAUUCUGCAGAUGACGGAAUUGCGGUUUGCUUUCUGUUGCGCGUUGUAAUUUUAAUGACCCUUGUUUAAAAAAAAAAAGAAAAGAAAAGAAAAAGCAGCACCUAAUUAGGUAGUGUAUAGAAAAAAGAUAGGUUGUGCUUUUUUUUUCUGGGAAAGAAAAAAAAACCUUAAAAAAAAAAAAAACAAGACGUGUAUAUUGAUAGGCUUGUACUGGCAUUUUGGUUUUACCUUGUAUUGUAUCGUACUUCUGACUGUAUUAUUUACAGGAACACUUUUAUAAAAAAGAAAAUCACUGUAGUAUGCGUUUUUAUUUAUAUUAACCCCUAUAAUGCUAGUUUUUAGUAAAUACUCCUUCACACAUUUAUUUUUUUAUUUUCAGUACGCGGCCAACUUGUAGUCACGGAUGUCUGGACUCCUACAGAACAUUUGUUCUUGUGACUUAUCGCAGUUCUCUCCUGGGUUUUAUGCCUCUUACCGCGAUUGGGCUGUGUCUCAAAUCACCCUCUUGUACAAUAGACAGGGAGCUGUAAUGUGUGUCUCUCCCCACUGAGUGUCACUGUAUCGUUCCUCCGUCCUUGUGACAGUCGUUUCCCCUGGAGAAAAAAAACAUGGAUGUGCCUCUUGUCUCACACUUUUAAGGGGUGAUUUUUGUGAACAUUGCAAUCACUUGGGCAAUCUUCUUUUUUAUCCCUUGUAUUUAUUAGUAUCUUUUUUUUUUUUUUUUUUAUUUAAUUGCUUUUUGCAUUUCAUCUUUUAUCACCAGGCAGCUCUGGGGUUAAAGUCCAUCAUCUAAAAGAGCACAGUUAAAAUUGUGUGUGUAUAAAUGUUCCAAUAACCCGAAAUCAGGUGCGAAAGGAAGAGAGGAAAAAACUGAACUUGUACAACAAACUUCGGUGCUUUGAUUUGAUUUGGGAAGGAUUGAAGAGAUUUUCAUUUUGUGUUUAACCGAUUUUUUUGUUUCCCUCUUUUCAUGCGUUAUAUAUAUGUACUGCUGACUAUACACUUUUUUUAAAACUACAUUUUGAUAAUUCAUUUCCUAACAGAAAACUCGUUUGGAUUAUAACCUUAACGCUCUCAAGUAAUGAAAAUAAAUAGCUGAAAACAAA